GCUCGCGUCGUCUACCGCGCACACGUUCGCAUUGCCCGUUCGACUAACCGCAUACGCGACACGACACGGCCGCCGCCGGCAACCAACAAGUGGUCCGCCGUUUCCUUAAAGAUAAAACCGCAAAGGGGUGACGCACGUGACCCGCACCCGGUCGCCGUACGACACGUUACCGAUAAUAAUAUAAACGAAUAAAGCCAAUAAUUUUAUUACACAGAAUAAUAAUUUUCCGUGUCGGGUUUUUUUUUCCCCGUUUUCUAUCGUUAAUAACUGACAAAGUGGCUAACCACCACCAUCAUGAUUUGCGGUCCGCCGCCGCCGCCGCGGCCGCCGCUACCGCGUACCCGGACACCCGGCACCAUAACGAUUACUUGGGUUAUUGCGAUCCUGCGGCCGUCAACUUGUGGCGCAUGGUGGUGCCCCGCGGUGGUCCGGUUCCGCCGCCGGACGCCGUGCCGCCGCAUCAACCGGCGCCGCCGUCCGCGAUGAACGUCGGCGACUCGCACUGGGCCGGUUACGGACCGUGGAGCUCGAUGCCCGCACCGCCGACUUCCCGGCACCAUCAUCACCACCAGCAGGGUGUCAAAAGGCAUUUCAACGAGAGCGACGAUUGUGACGACGCUUUUUCCGAAGAGUCCAGCAAAGACCAGUGAGUAGAACGAUUUCCGUUUUACAGAGGAUUGCAUUUUUUUUUUUUCAAUAAUUAAAUCAUCUUUUUUAAAAAAAAUCGUGAAAUCAUUAAAAUAAUGAAAAAAAAAAAAAAAAUUAAACACUUCUUUAACUUUUAAAUUUCGUCACAGCUGUUCUUCACCCGGAGACGGUACGGACACGCCACACAUGUUGACCCGAAAGAAACGUCGGGGCAUAAUCGAAAAGAGACGUCGCGAUCGUAUCAACACCAGCCUGUCCGAACUCCGACGGCUCGUGCCCACGGCGUAUGAAAAACAAGGUUCGGCCAAAUUGGAAAAGGCGGAAAUCUUACAACUCACGGUCGACCAUUUGAAAAUGAUUCACGCUAAAGGUAAAUAUCGCUCGUUUUCGCACUUAAAUUGCAAUUAAACUUAUAAUUGAUUACAAUCAUAUAUGAACUAAAAUUGAGUAAUAUUUUAAUGAAUAUUGAUGAAAUGUCAUGCACAUUUAUAAAGUAAUUAUUAUUUUUUUCAUCAUUUUUAUUUAUACGAGUUCUAAAAAAAUGCGAUUAUUUCAUUUUGACCUAAAGCCUUAAUGCCGGAAACACAGAUCAGUAUUGUUUUCUCCAGAUUACUUAUUGUCCCGGGUUUUAACGUUAACAGACAUAAAUUUAGGCGCCGAUCGUGAUUUUGAAUUUCGUAAAAAUAAAUGAUUGAAAACGUAUUAAUUUAUAACUGUUUCGAUUUAAUAUAUCUAUUCAAAGCAAAUUCAAAUUUUGGUUCAUGUAGGACUUAAAUUAUAGUAUUAAUUUUAUUUUAUUUGGCCCGGAGCGCAAUGCGUAUAAUAUAUUAUUAUAAUGGAAUACCAAACGUAUUAUUAACGAAUCGAAUUCAAAUGGCAUUGCAAAACGUUUCCAAUUGUCACGUACGUGUAUACAAAAGACGAUUUUUUUUCGAACCCGAAAGUCGUUUUCAGAUAUAAUAACGGGUAAUAAUCGACUGCAGACAGUGUGUUAUAUCUCCCCCCCCCCAUCGGCUUCUAAAUAUAAAAAAAAUAUAAGUAAUUCAAUAUCGAAAUACGUAUAUAUUUUAGCCAAGUUACGAGGAAAAGCUCGAUGUAUAUUAAUUAAAAAUUGGCUUAUUUUAGGAUCCGGCUUUUAAAUUACCAAUUCCCAUAGCCCCAUAGUCGGGGAGAGAAGACGAUUUUACGAUUUUUAUUCGCUACAUUUCUGCCCGUUGCAGAUAAUUCCCGGGCGCGCAACUAAGUCUGCAGACGAUAAAAUAUAUGCUCGAAGUGUGAUUUUUUAAUUUUUAAUUUUCAGUUAUUAUUGAAACCCACGUAUAACAUCAUAUGUUGAUCUUUUCAUCGGGUUUUGGGUGGGUUCUGUCGCGCUCGACCGUACCUACGUACCUACACCUAUUUUAAAUAUAUACUUAAAAUAAGGUUUUCUUCGACGUUAUCUGUUCGGGCGUACACCUGCUCUUUACACUUCCGCACAAACGCAAAGUCGUACCGGAAAAAAAAAAAAUAACAACACGCGCUGUACGGGUCCGUUUAAUAUCAUAACUACUUACUACCGUAACCACCGGUAAAAAAGGGCCUCGGACCGGAGUAUAAUAUACAUAAAAAAAAAAAACCGUCUAUUAACUUGGCAUCCGGUCCCUCACGUCUAACAAGUGUUCGGUGCACUCCGCUACUGUAGUGGAUCAUUUUGUAAAAUAAUACGAGUACACAACAUAAUGUUAUAUAUGCCCAAGUCAUUGUGCCGGUGCAGCGCGUCCCCGUAGUUCUGUCACACACCGUAGUCAUGGACAACGGUGUUUUUUUUUUUUUUGAAACCGUAGUAUAAUAAUUUCGUAUAAUGUAUCCCACGGAAUUAUAAAAAUUAAAAAUAACUAUCGUCGUAUUGUAUAUCACUAGGAUUCGGUGAAAACUAUAACAAAAUAUCGUUCCAUAUACCUAUAUAUAUAUAUAAUGUACAAUGUAGAGGCGUCAUUUGAAGUAAAACCAUGGGAUAGCGAGCCUCUCGAAUAUUAUUAUAUACGGGUAAUAUUUUUAAUUCGUUUAUGGUCAAAUGAAGUGCCCCUCGGUCCUAAUUCUAAUUGUCCACUAGAAUUAGGUAGACAAAUAUCAAAUAAAUAAUUUAGAAAUACAAAAAUAUAAUUAAUAAGUUUACUGAUCUUUCAUGUACGUUAAAAUUAAAUAUAGCCGAUGUUAUUAUCAUAUUAUAUGAAAAAAGCAAGAAAAUUAUACUUUUUAAAAAAUUAUUCAUAGAGUAGCAUAGUUAUUAAUUUCAGAAAGGCAUAGAAUAGAUAAAAUAAUAGAGUAAUAAUUACUUAACUUAGGUAUGUCUGUGCGUGUUGAGAAAUCGUUGAUGACGAAAAACAAUUUUCAACAAAGUUCGGUUAUGUUAACGUGUUUCGGAAUGUCGUGAUUUUUAAAAUUUUAAUAGAAAAUUCAACAUUUUUAUUAUAAAAAUUCCGGACCAAAACGAUUUGAUAUUCAUAAUAAAACCCAAUCGAAAACUAAAAUAAAAAAAUUAAUGUCAAAUGGCUAUAAAUGGCUUAAAAAGAGCUAUCACGAGUAAAUUAUGUGAAAACUAUUAUCUUCUAAAAGAAAAUUGAAAAUAACCGAAAAGGCUAUAAUGUUGCAUACGUUAUUAAGAAAACUACGAGAAAAAUUAUUUUAAAUAAAUGACCUCUCCAAUGUACUAAAAAUAAAUAGUUCCAAAGAUAAUGGUCGGAUAGAGAUUUCUGGUAGAGAAUCGUUUAUAAACACAAAACAAAAAACACACACAUCAUAAUAAAACCAAUACAUGUCUCGCUUAAAGUGUAAAAGCUCAUAAUUAUUAUACUGGAAGUUUAUGUAUUUUUCGUACGCACAGGUUUCCUGUGUUUUUGAAAUUUCGACGAUUUAAAUCGUUUUCAUUGCCAGUGUUAAGUCAAUCAAUCGAUACACCGAUGUUUUUGUGAAAAAUAAUUUUGUUAAUGAUUUUUGUAUACUACAACGUUCAAAACUAACAAACUUAACAAAGAAACUAAAGCAAAAUUAAUAUUCCUAACGCUAAUAUCUAGUUUCAAAAUAUAUACAUUUUUUAAACGGCUAUAUGUCGUAGAUUUUUCAAAAACAAUUUGUUUUAUUUUCAAUUUUAAAAAAUACUAAAAAAUAUUAUGCUUUAAUAAUAAAUCGGAGGAAUCGUGUCGAAAGACUUUAUAGUAAUAUCGACCAGAGAAAAAAACUAACCAACUUAAAAAUACAUUGAUCGUAACAAAAGUCACAUUGCAUUCGUCUGCAGAUAUCUGCAGGAUAUAAAUUGUAAUUUUGAAAAAAAAAAUAUAAUAUGUGUAUAUAUAUGACGAUAAUGCGUGUUUUUCCGUCGUAAUAUAAUGUAAUUUUCCCCGCUUUUAUAACGAUAUGAUAUUAAAAAAAAAAAAAAAAUUGAACGCGUGCCCGGUCAGGUGUUUUACCGUGUGAAUUCGGGCGUUCAACACGGAUUUCGCUCGUGUACGGAGUAUUAGGUACACGUAUAUACCCACCAGUCAUGUUUUUUUUUUCCCUAUUUGUUUAAUAAUUUCGUUCGUCGCAUUCAUUUAGUCCGGAAUAAAAUCGCGAUAUCGGUCAAGGGGGGUUGGGGGAGGGGUCGGAGAGUUGAGGGGGAGGUGGGGUGUGCGGACAUACACUGUUUAUCGUGAGAACGUGAUUCCGUGUCAGCUGCCCCUCAGCCGCGGCGCGCGUACCAACGACCACGGCCCGCACCCUUUUCCCACGAUUCCCGCCACCACCAACUACCCGUGUGCAAUAUCACUGCGACCAGGCGUCGCCGUCGCGUUUCGAAUCCCCGCGCGUUACGUACUUAAACCCCCGCAAAACACCCGUAAACCGUAUAAUCGUGGGAGUGUAUUUUAUAUAAACGUAUGUACAUAAUAUAAGAACUAUGACGAUGAAAUAAAAUAUUCACAAUCAAACAAUACGUUUUAAUGUUUUGCGAAUAACGCAAAAGCCGCGGAACGCGUUUCGUGUCAACAGGCCACAAAAUCACUCCGUCGUAUUAAUUGAAUAACGCAUUAAACGUUCCGUAAAAAUGGUCCAUAUUUAUUUAUAACAGUUUUACUAGAGAUGUGUUUUGUUUUUUUUUUUUUUUUUUCGAAAAACGGAUUUUUCGCUGAUUCGUAAAAAUGCUUAGGUUUGAGACGCAAAAUCUCCGCCCGGCGGCAUUUCACUUGUCCUAGAUUCGCUUCAAGCUUAAAUUAAAAAACUGAAUACAAAUCAUCGUUACCGAUUUUAUUGUUGUUGAUUUUUCAGCUAUCUAUAUUGGCUGUAGAAUCGCUUUUUGAUUGCAAAUAUUUAUCAUUGUUUUCAGUAUAUCCAUAGAUUAAAUAAGGAACAGAUCCAGGACAAUAUAAUGGAGGGUGAUACUUUAUGGUGUUAUCGUCGCCACUGAACUAUUUAAUUAAAUAUUUAGUUUUUAAACUGCCCACGAAUGCAACAGUGCUUACCCAUGGUGCGAAUUAUGUCCGGCGUUUUGUCAUUAACAAUAAUAGUAUAUUAUACCUAUUAAACCUAUAUAAGUGGUACUUUAGACUCGCCGUCAAAUAUUGCACUAAUGAAUCAUAACUAUAGGUUAGGUACCUAUUAUACUUGGAUAUUAUAAACGAUUUUUAAUAAACAUAUAAUUUGUCGUCAAUAACUUUACUGAUUAUGCUUAUGUCUAUAUAAUCUUACCAAACAAAUAAAAUAUAAUCGUAUUACUAACGUAGGCAUAUUAUUAUGUAUUUGGUUGUAUUAUAACAAUUUUCAUUGAGAUAUUUUUUUUCAUUGAUUAUUUUUAAUUGAUGGUUCUAUAGUACGUGUGUAUAUUAUCGUAUGAAGGUAUGUCUAUAAAAUUAAAUAAUUAAUCGUUAAGUUUCUUGGAAUAAAUAAUAAUAAUAUCAUUGAUUAUAUAUAUACGAUUAUUGUUUGUUUUCUAAAAGAAAAAUUCCAAAUCGAUUGAACGUUUGCCCCAUUAUAUCAAGUCCACGGACAUAAUAUGGACCUUUCUGUUUAUUAGGUGACAGAUAAACGCGAUGAGAAAUUUAACGAAUGAACCGCAAUAAUUAUUGUCGUUGGGCGAUUAAACGCGUUAAUUGAUAAUGAUAAAACGUUCGUAUUUCGAGAAAUUUAACGCGUUACAGAGUUUAGACCCUGUAAAAAUAAUGUCGAAUUUGAUUACGACUCACAAACGAACCGUACAAAUAUAUCUUGUAAAUUUAAAAAAGAAAGAUGGUAUGUUCUUAAAAACAUUCGUGUGCACAUAACACAAGCGGUAAAAUACGCACUAAAAAAAAUAUAUAAAAACACGUUAAAAAAAGGGUAUAUAAAUUUAGUUCUCCGUUGAUAUCGCUAAAAACGUUAACAUAAUAAAAUAACACGAGAACUUCGAAAUACGCAAUUUUAAAAAAUUUCGUAUUUUACUCCUAUAUGGUUAUCCAAAACAAAUGUGUCAAGCAACAGUUGUACGAGCGCUGCUGACCCGUACGAAAUCAAUUUCGAAUCGAUUAGAACCAAAACGCGGUGUGUAUUAUAAUAUUUAGUAGUUAAGUACCGAACGGCUUUUGCUCGAAUCAAUAAUACCAGCGUAGGUAUGGAAAGGGGCAAAAAAACCCGCCGUAAUUUAAAACGUAACCAUUAAAAAAAGAGCUGAUACUGGGGAUGGGAGGAGCCAAUAUUGUAGGUGAGAAGUUGGGAAGGUAAGAAACACAAGGUUAUUUCUUUUAUAUCUGUAAGUAACAAUAAACCAUUGCUUGACGAAAGACGAUUCCGAGCGCAGUUCGGUAAUACAUAAUUUUAAGUGACUUAAUAUUUUUUGCGAUUUUUAAAGAUUCCUUAAAAGUUCAAAAGUGGCUCGAAAGUUUUUCGAUGAUACCGCAAGAAAGUAAAUCAAGAAGGCAACAAAAAAGAUAUCUAGUGAUUUUCGAUUAAAUAAUUUUUUCUGGUAGAAAACGUCGUCCGUGUUUUUAUGAAAUAACAAAAUCGAGAAAUUGUACGUUACCCUACGCUUUUGCCCACUUGAGUGCUUUUAUUUAAAAAAUGGCGUCGAAAAUCAAAAAAAAAUGACUUCUUAGAGAAGGUAAAAAGUACCAUCUAGACCACGUGAGCUUUCAGAAAAGUUGCUACACGUAAAAACCGGAGCAAGUUUACUAGGAAAAAACGUGUCCACGGACUAAAAGAAGAAAAAAAAAUAAACAUCUUAGUAAAACCGAUAGCUGCCUCGCUACGCUUGGGAUUUAAAAUGUCGGGUUUACGUGACGGUACCAAUACGAAUUACGGCAUAAUAUCUGUACGCGAAUAAAAUCACGUUAUCGUCGUUGUCGUUUACGAAAACCGGGGGACGCGUGUUUUAUUAUUGUGUAUAAUAACAUUGCACACGUAUUAUGGUGGCACAAUAUGAUCGUAUAGAAAUCACUCGUUCACGCCCAAUUACGUUUUUACAAAUGUACUCCGCGCAUAUAUUCCGCAUAAUAUAACGAAUAUGCUGUCGUCGUGUGUACGAUAUAAUAAUAUUAUGAUGUAAAGUCGGGUCGGAAUAAACCCGCGAGUACGUAAACGAUUAUGGAAAUGAUAUUUUAUAUGGGACUGUACAAACAUAUGACGGUUCCGUAGGCGAGUGGGUAGAAACGACGUACGAUUCUGAGACGGGGUUUGUUUAACUGGUAGUGGUUUUUGUUUUUCCAAAAAGAAUCUCCUCCCCCUCCCAAAAAAAAAACCAAUCGGAAUUCAACUGCGAGCCUUUUUUGCAUUACGAAAAUUGAAAUUUCGAAAAAUCCGUCAGUUAUUCCAACAACUCCGAUAACUAUAAGCGCGGUCACGUUCAAAAUUUCAAACGUGAAAAAUGACUAUAGGUGUCUCGUACGUGCCAAAAGAAAUACGAUCCAACAGCGAACUAAGUAAACUAAGUUUCUACAGUAACCGCUGUUCGUUGUGCGUUUCAUCGUGACAACUUAUACUGCAGCCCUUUCACGAGUCAUCUUAUUAUUUGCUUGGUUUGUUCUAACUCGGUUUUUCUUUCUGUAUCCCCGAGGUAACCAACCGACAAAAAUAAUACCGAAAACAUUAAUUACCCAGUGUCAGUCCCCUUAAAGGGAUUUAAUUCGGGAGGGGGGAAGUAGUUUAUAUGUUAUUCCUGGUAUAUAACUACAUCCAUGCAAGAUUUCAGUUUAAUCUGUUCAGCAGUUUUUGCAUGUGGGUCGAACAAACAUCCAUCCAAACAAACUUUCGCGUUUAUAAUAUUAAUAUAAUGUUUUCGAAAAUUUUGAUAAUGGUUUUUUUCAUGUUUUUCUUUUCUUUUUUCUUUUUUACACAGGUCUGGACACGUUAGCCUACGAUCCGUCCAAGUACGCGAUGGACUACCACAACAUCGGGUUCAGGGAGUGCGCGGCCGAGGUGGCCAGGUACUUAGAAUCGGUGGAGGGCAUGAACGGCCGGGACCCGUUGCGCGAACGGCUCUUAUCACACUUGCAGUACUUCGCGGCGCAGCGCGAGUACGUGGCUAAGUCGCCUGCGGCCACCGUGGGACAUCACAACGCACCACCGCCGCCACCGCCACCACCCGGGUGGUACGGUCAUCAUCAAGGGGUGCCUCCGCCGCCGCCUCCCGCGUUACCGCUGGCUCACCAUUACCCGUCGACGACCACGUCGCCGCACCAACAGCAACAGCAGCAGCAACAGCCUCCGCCACCGCCGCCACCACCGCCCAGCCACAACAACAACAAUUACGAGACGUCGGCCGCGACCGCUGACGGCAUCAAAUCCGGACCAGACGCCUGCGGUGGUGUCGCCCCGGCCGGUCUCACGGCUCUGUCGUCCGUCACGGCCGCCGAUUAUCACCAUCACCACCACGAAGUGCAACAGCAGCACCAUCACCGCGGUCGUGAAGACUAUCAACACCAACACCAACACGGCAGCGGCGCCGGCAACCAAUUGCACAACCUGCAGCCGGUGCAACCUCCGCCGCAACCGCCGUCCAACUAUCACGAGGCUAUGCAACAGCAACAGCACCAACAGCACCAACAACAACAACAGUACCAAUCCGAUUCGUCGGUUUCCGCGCAGAUGAAGCCCUACAGACCUUGGGGGGCCGAAGUGGCAUACUGA